CGGGCCCAUUUCCAGAUCCUGACUACAGGUGUAGCAGCUCUCUUUUGUUAUAGGUGUUAAAUGCUGUCUGCUGGGACACUUGGAUCAAUGAUGCACCCGUCCGACCGCAUAUUUCCAGGCGUCCGAGUCGCGGCCGAGCCGUACAUCGCACAACUCGAAGCUGCGAUCCUGCUAAUUCCAUGGUUGCUCGCAUGCAUUUGUCUGCUCACCACCUUCAUCAUCAUAGCCAAAUGCGCGACCAAUAGGUGCCACUCGCCUCCGGAGCAUGCUUCGCAAGCGACCGCGGCUACAGUGACAAUUCAAAAACGACGAACCGUGUUGGAGGUCGCGGCUGCGAAGACGAGACUUUGGACUUCACCAGCAUCCAGAAGGCCACAAAGGAAAAGGCGUACCGUGGCUGCUGAACCUUUUGAACAAGAUUUUACUUACCCUGCAAAGCGGCUACAAGCCAAACUGCACUCCGGAGAUGGUAUGGCCACAGACACGAGAUGCCCACCGGAUCUGUUGAAGGAACGCCUGCCUUCAAACGUUUCUGGCGGGAUUUGCUUCUCAGGGAUCAGCAAGCAUGCGCUUCAAAACCGCCCGGUUUGUACGCCGAUAUAUUUCGCCUGCGGGCGUGCACCUACUGCCCGAUUCGUUGCGGCCGGCUCUGAUUGUGCGCAGCGCUGGGCACCCAACGCCUUGGAGAUUACAGACCCAGCACUACGCUACCUCGCAUCUGUGUCCAAGCACACAUAUGCUGCAUAUCACGUUUUCCCUGCACCUUGGCCUUGGCACUCUGCAUCGCAGCUUGUCCGAUUGCAAGGCAUGCGUACCUCCUCCAUCUUGACGUCUUUGCUCCUCCACAUGUUCAGUGAAGGUGCUGCCAUCUAUGUCUCUUCGUUCCCACUAUGUCACACAGUACAUGACUUGGCCAUCCAUCGGCAUACUCUCGAUGAUGCGAUUCUCACUAUCAUCGUCAUGAAAAUUAGCGAUAGCUCCAGUGGCCCUUCUUCAGUCUCACACGCAAUAAUACUCGCCCCUUCCCCUGUCGAGCAUUACCCUACCUCGGGUGGUGAUGAAAAACGGGCAGGUAGUGAGGAACAGCGAAAGCCGAGGAAACGGGGUGGCCACAAAUCUGCGGCAAGACGUGCCCGCGAGCGCGCGAUGCAGUCACCGUUGAUGAGUGUGAUCACCAGUGAUGACGAUACUGAGCAAGUAAUCAUUAACGAUGAAGAAGGAGAGGAUCUCUCUCGCAGAAAGCCAAGACGACGCGGUGGUCAGAAAGCCAAUACAAGACGUCUCCGCGAGCGUGCGGAACGAUCGUUGCUCACGACAUCGGUUGCCAGCGUCGAAGACAUCUCCUCACGAUGUGUAAGUGAACGUGGCAGCAGCAAUGUUCCCCGCAAAGGAUGUAGCGUUAGCGAGAUUUGACGUUGUAUUGUACCUUCAAGUUUGUCUUGGUCGCCUCGCGCGGCGAAUCCGAUGAUGCACGCCUAUGGUCUUAUGAUUGCUCAGCGGGACUUCCAGGGAGACCGAAAAACAUGGGCGGAAGGCGCCAUGCCUUUCUACUCGUUAGGCGGCGCACAUCGCUGCUAUGUCGAUGUUGUCGCUGCGGCACACGAGAUCCGAAGAAGUAUGGAUGACUAUAUCAUCUCUCAAACGCACUGAUAGGCUGGAAUAUUGUUCCAUAUACGUACGUAUGCAGAUCGAUGAUACAGGAAUGAAAGGCAAUUUUGCGUCGCACUGCU